AUGCCCCUCUCAGACUUCACGCUCCGCUCAACCUGGCACGCCAGCAGCGAAGGCCGCACGAUCCCGGACUUCGUGCUAGAAGGCGGGAAAGGCGGACGGUUCGACAAAAUCCUCGCGCACCGCUACGCCCUCACCUGCGCAACAUUCAACACGCGCACAUCGAUCCUCAAAGAAGGCCCGCGCCUCCUGGCGCAGUUCAAGGCGACGAAGGCCGUACCGAGGGGUCAGCGCGUCGCAUACAAUAAGUUCCUCGUUACGACGCUCCGGGGCGUAGAGGGGUUCGUGGAGCGGGAGAUCAAGCACAAGCACCUCGGGCAGAAGGCCGGGACAGGGACACCUGCAGCUGGAGGGGGAGGUGGCGGGACCGUGUCCGUGUCCACGUCCACGUCCGAGCGCGACGAGGUGUUCAGCGCGUACGCGGCGUUCCUGAAUUUCGUGGAGGUGCAGGGGGGCCGGAGGUUUAGUUUGCUUGGGCUUAGUCCGAGUUCGGGGGCUGGGGCGGGGGAGGCUGGUUGCGAGGUUUAUGUCGCGGGCGGGGAUUGGUCGGAGAGGAAGCGGGAGGAGGGGAUGGGUGCAGAGCGCAAGGUGUCGCUGGCGAAGUCUGCGUCUGCGUCUGCGUCUGCGUCUGCGUCUGGGGAUCGAGAGAGUCUGUUCCGGGCGCAGCGGCAGAAGUACAUGGAGGAUGUUGGGCUUGGCGAGAGCGAGGAUGAGGACGGGGAUGAGGAUGGGGAUGGAUUCGAGAAUGGGUCUGGCAACGACGGCGAUGAGGACAAGGCUCGAAGGAACUAG